AAUUUCACAUUGUUGGCAGCCCAGCUUGAACUAGUAAACUUGACAGAUCGCACUGUUGUUUUCUACUUCCUAUUUUAUAAAAUAAUAUUUACACUUUCAUAAUUCCUUUAAUUUAUAAUCAUGGGGGAUAAAUUUAGACAAAUGGAGGAUGAAAUGAACCGCUUUGAAGCGGAAAUUUCUGGAAAUCCUCCAGGUUCAAACCCAUAUAACCCGUUCACUUUACCAAAUUUUGGAAGUGUACCACCACCCCCUACACCACCAAACAUGGUACCCCACCAAGUGAAAGGUAAACAAGUAAAGUUUAACAUUUCUUCUAAUGUUUCUAAGCUAGCUGUCGUUUCUGCCAAACCCACCUUAUACACUCCUAAGCAAAACGUACAGCAACAGGCUGUUUCCUCCCAAACAGUCGACUUUUUAGCUCUUCAAAAUGAAGUAGAAAAAAAGUUGAAAAAACUUAAAGAGAAGGUAACCGUUCCUGCGGAGCUCGCCAUAUCCCAAGGAAAAGCCAGUAGCGCAUUACAAUCAUUUGGCCCGGAUGACUAUCGCCGUCGAGGCAAGAACAAGAAGCUGUUACGAACAGCCGGCGGUUCCGUAUGGGAGGACGUGACACUGAGCGAUUGGUGCGAGGACGAUUUUCGGAUUUUCUGCGGCGACCUCGGCAACGACGUUACGGACGAACUGCUCACGCGCACCUUCAAUAAAUAUCCCUCCUUUCUCAAGGCACGGGUGGUUCGCGAUAAACGCACUAAUAAAACUAAAGGUUACGGUUUUAUUAGCUUUAAAGAUCCAGCCGAUUUUACAAAGGCGAUGAAAGAAAUGAACGGACGUUACGUCGGUAGUAGACCGAUCAAGCUGAGGAAGAGUUGCUGGAAAAACAGGUGCGUCGAGGUGGCAAGAAAAAAGGAAAGGGAGAAGGUCGCUCUAAUCAACAUGUUAACUGGAUCAUAAUGAUUUUUAUUCACCUAAAAUUAAUGUAAAUAAGUAAUGCUUUUCUUAUAAAUCAUUUUCAUCAACAUAA